UCUCUCUAUAAUAGGUGUGGAGUGUAAGCAACUAAUUUUGCAAGCUGCUAACUGCCAACAUAUCCAACCACAAACAUCCAACUCCAAGUUUCCUGUUUUCUUCCCCGGCGGCUGCACCGCCGUCUUCAGCCCACAUGAAACAAGUCAACUAAACCAUCCACCACUCUUCUUUAUACUUCCACCAAAACUUGAGCCAAAGAACCAUUAUCCAGAUUCAACACUCAAUUUUUUCCACCAUGAACACAAUCGCCCAUAUUCGCAACCGCACUCUAAAAUCCGCAUUUAGGGUUUUCACUGCUUCUAGAAAUUCAUCAUACUUCGUGUUCCCACCUGCAAGAUGCCACCAUGCUCUUGCUAAUUCCAGCAAACCUCGUUUCAACCAUGACCGCACCAAUCACUGCACAGUGGCAAAUAGGGAUAUCUUCGACAUUACCAGAUUCGCCGUUCGGAAUUUCUCAACUUCUGUUGAGACCCGUGUCAAUGACAGCAAUUUUCAGAGGAUUUAUAUGCAGGGUGGUGGUGUGAAUGUGAAACCAUUGGAUUUGGAGGUGGAAAGUGUUCAUAAGGAUGGUGAAGAUGUUGUGGUUGAAGAUGCUAGCAGUAGCACAGGUGUUCAUAAGAGCAUAGAGGAGGAAACAGAUGUGGAGAAACAAGCAUGGAAGUUAUUGAGGGAUUCUGUUGUGAGUUAUUGUGGUAAUCCUGUGGGGACUAUGGCUGCGAAGGAUCCGGGGGAUAAGAUGCCCUUGAAUUAUGAUCAGGUCUUUAUUCGGGAUUUCGUGCCUUCGGCUCUUGCCUUCUUGCUUAGAGGAGAAAGUGAGAUUGUUAAGAACUUUCUUCUUCAUACUUUGCAAUUGCAGAGUUGGGAGAAAACAGUGGACUGCUACAGUCCUGGACAGGGUUUGAUGCCUGCUAGUUUCAAAGUUAGAACCGUAGCUCUUGAUGAAAAUAAUAGUGAAGAAGUUUUAGAUCCUGAUUUUGGGGAGUCGGCUAUUGGCCGUGUUGCACCUGUGGAUUCAGGGUUGUGGUGGAUCAUCCUGUUGCGGGCUUAUGGGAAGCUCACUGGUGACUACAGCUUGCAAGAAAGGGUGGAUUUUCAAACUGGCUUGAAAAUGAUCCUUAACUUGUGUUUAACUGAUGGUUUUGACAUGUUUCCUUCUCUGCUAGUCACUGAUGGAUCUUGCAUGAUAGAUAGGCGAAUGGGCAUUCAUGGUCACCCACUUGAAAUCCAAGCAUUGUUUUACUCAGCUCUUCGCUGCUCACGUGAAAUGCUUGCUGUAACUGAUGGAACCAGUCAUCUCAUUCGAGCCAUUAACAAUAGACUCAGUGCUCUAUCAUUCCACAUUAGAGAAUAUUAUUGGGUGGAUAUGAAAAAGCUGAAUGAAAUAUAUAGGUAUAAAACAGAAGAGUACUCUCUGGAUGCCAUCAACAAAUUCAACAUCUAUCCAGAACAAAUUCCUUUUUGGGUAAUGGAUUGGAUUCCAGAAAAGGGUGGAUAUCUGAUUGGAAAUCUGCAGCCAGCUCACAUGGAUUUCAGGUUUUUUACACUUGGAAAUCUUUGGUCUAUUGUUUCAUCUUUGGGCACCCCAAGACAGAAUGAUGCUAUUUUAAAUCUGAUAGAAGCUAAAUGGGAUGAUCUUGUGGGUCAUAUCCCUCUUAAGAUAUGCUAUCCUGCCGUGGAAAAUGAAGAGUGGCGCAUAAUUACCGGGAGCGACCCAAAGAAUACCCCCUGGUCAUAUCACAAUGGUGGAUCUUGGCCAACACUGUUGUGGCAGUUCACACUGGCAUGCAUCAAAAUGGGGAGAAUUGAACUAGCCCAGAAAGCAGUUGAUUUGGCUGAGAAAAGGCUGCCAGUUGAUUCUUGGCCCGAGUAUUAUGAUACCCGUUCUGGGAAAUUUGUUGGAAAGCAAGCGCGGCUGUAUCAAACAUGGACCAUAGCUGGGUUCCUCACAUCCAAGAUGCUUUUGAAGAAUCCUGAAAUGGCAUCCAUGUUAUUCUGGGAGGAGGAUUAUGAACUUCUUGAUAUUUGUGCUUGUGGGCUUAAGAAGAGUGGCAGGAGAAAGUGCUCCCGUGUUGCUGCCAAGUCUCAGAUUCUAGUGCGAUGAGGCUCUGCCUUAUCUGGAAGCAGAAUGCCUACCUGUACAUUUAUUAUACCAUAGAGUAUAAGAUAAAUAGGAAAAUUAAUAAUAGUUCCACAUUGCUGUAUUUAUGGUAAGAAGGCUUUCCUUUGUAUUGGCGGGCAAUUGUCACCUUAGACAAUGAGGUUUCACUUAUCACCUCUUACAAACUAAAUCCCUCACCUAUUUAUAGCCUAGUUCACUACUUAGGAUUUUCCCUUACCCAUAUCUAUAAUAGCAUUGUUCACUACUUAAGAUUUUCACUUACAAAUUUGUAUAUUAACAAUAUUCACAUUGAUUUUUCAAAUUAUACAAUUGCUUCUUUGUAGCAUUUUAUAAUAAUGAGUUUCUUCCUGAGCGUUCCUAUA